AGCAUCUGCAUUGCAUUAGUGAGAGACAGAGAUUCUCUCAUAAUAUCUCAGAUUCUAUCUAUUUUUUUUUCCUUUUUUUUUUUAAACUUUAUUAAUAUUUAAUGUUUAGAAACUUGCUGAGAGAUCAGCAAGAUGGUGUUAGGGGUCAUCAAGACCAUUUUUCUACACCCACCCGAUCCUCUGACCCGAUUUACCUUUUCUUACCCGACCCGACUUGCACACUCUUGCGAUGCCUCGCCGUUUUCUCGCUUCCUCCGGUCUCCGCCGAGUAAGAAGCGGUUUACGUCAUUGCAGACGAUGAAACCAGAUGAAGAUCACGAAUUAUCGCCGACGCAUCCGUCCGAGGAGAAGCUGGAGAGGUUAUCAGUUGAUUUGGGAUGAUUAUCGGCUUUUCCUCAUGUAUCAGUUGCUUCAAUGGCCCUCAGUGGACACGUCUCCGAAGCACAUACGCAUAGGAGAUGAUGAGAGGAGAAUUAAGCAAAGGAUGAAGCUCCAACAAGAAGAAGAGGCUCAUCCAAUGAGAAUGGUAGGCUUCAGAAAUAAUUCAUAUACAGUUUUUAUUCUUCAUCCUUCCAUGAUGACAUUGCGUUUGCGUGUUGACUCCAUCUCUUGUUUCUGCUUUUGUGUCUUUGCUUUGAGCUUCUUGGUUACUACUCUUGUUUCUCAACCAUACCGUCGUCCCGACCAAGCAGAGACCCUUCUGGCUUUCAAGAAUGAGUUUUCGAUCUGCAACAAUUCAACAACAAGCUCUUGGACCGAAGACACUGCCUCAUUUGAUGGGGUUGUGUUUGAUGGCGAGACCGGUGCAGUGACGGAGCUACACCUUGGUGGUGCAUGUCUCACUGGAAGUCUCAAGGCUAAUAGUAGCCUCUACAGAUUCCACCACCUCAGGUAUCUUGAUCUCUCUGUCAACGACUUUUCCUCCUCUUUCCCCGCCGAGUUUGGCAGACUCACCAACUUAGAGUUCUUGGAUCUUCACCAUAAUGGCUUCACUGGAGAAGUUCCAUCCUCAAUCCGUAACCUAAGCCGCUUAACCUCUUUGGACCUUUCAGUUAACAAGCUCACUGGUGUCAAUACUCUUGUUUCUCUUCCCUACCAAAUAGACAUCCUUUUGGCUUUCAAGGAUGAAUUUCCAUCCCCAACCUGCAGACAGACGGUGCUAAGCUCUUGGACCAGAAACACUCCCCAAGAUACUAACUCUUUUGAUGGGGUUGUGUUUGAUAACGAGACCGGUGUGGUGACGGAGCUACACCUUGAUGAAGCAUGUCUCAGAGGCACCAUCAAGACUAAUAGUAGCCUCUUCAGAUUCCUCCACCUCAGGUACCUCGAUCUCUCUUACAACAACUUCGAAUCCUCCUCUUUCCCCGCUGAAUUUGGCAGACUCGCCAACUUAGAGGUCUUGAAAGUUCGCGAUAAUGGCUUGGUUGGUGAAGUUCCAUCAUCAAUUCAUAACCUAAGCCGCCUAACCUUCUUGGACCUUUCAAAAAACAAGCUCAGUGGUGGUUUUCCCCUUGUUUAUAAUUUAACAAAGCUUUCCUCUCUAGACCUUUCCUUCAAUAAGUUUUCUGGAACCAUUCCUUCUUCUCUACUCACCAUGCCUUCCCUGUUGAAACUUGAUUUGCGCCAAAACCAUCUCAGAGACUCUCUUGAACUUCUAAAUUCUUCUUCAUCAUCUAAACUUGAAAGUUUAUACCUUGGCAGAAACUUUUUUACUGGUCGAAUACUAGAGCCUAUUUCAAAGUUAGUCAAGCUCACGGAUCUAGACCUGUCUUUUCUCAACAUGAUUUACCCUAUCAGCAUUGUUUUCUUGCCACUCAAGUCUCUGAAGUAUUUGGAUCUUUCCGGGAAUAGUGUAUCAAGGCUUAAUACUAGUUCGGAUCAUGCUUUAACAAAGUUGAUCGAAUUGAACUUGUCAAACUGCAACAUCGUCGAGUUCCCCAACUAUCUUGCGACUUUACAGUCUCUGGAGUAUUUGGAUCUUUCCGGGAAUAGCCUAUCAAGUUCAAGGAAACUAAGUCUCCUUGAUCUAUCGUACAAUAAUCUCAGUGGUCCAAUUCCCCGAUGCUUUGGUUCAAUAGAUGGGACGAUGUAUCUCCAUCAUAACAACCUCAAUGGGAAGCUUCCCGAUAUGUAG